UUGGUCGCCCGUUACACGUCACUUCGGGUCGGAAACAUGGCGGAGCGACGCAAGCAGAAGAAACGGAGCCAGGAGGUUGGAGAACCAACUAAAGAGGAGAAAGCAGUGGCCAAGUACUUGCGUUUCAAUUGUCCAACCAAGUCCACUACCAUGAUGGGGCACAGAGUCGAUUAUUUUGUUGCUUCCAAAGCGAUAGAUUGCUUGCUGGAUUCUAAAUGGGCAAAAGCAAAGAAAGGAGAGGAGGCUGUUUUUACAACCAGGGAAUCGGCAGUGGAAUAUUGCAACAGGCUUCUCAAGAAGCAGUUCUUCCACCGAGCGUUGAAAGUAAUGAAGAAAAAGUCUGAGAAGGAAAUCAAAAAGGAGAAAGGGAAGAAUGACAGCAGCAAAGAGGAGGAAAAGAAAAGCAAAAAGGAAACGGUGAAGGAUGAGAAGAGUAAGAAAGAGAAGAAAAAGGAUAGUGAAAAAGAAGAGAUUAAGAAAGAGAAGAAGGAUGAAGCUCCAGGAACACCAAAGAAAAAGAAGGAAACUAAAAGAAAAUUUAAACUGGAGCCACAUAAUGACCAACUUUUCCUCGAUGGAAAUGAGGUUUAUGUGUGGAUUUAUGAUCCUGUUCAUUUCAAGACGUUUGCAAUGGGACUGGUAUUAGUUAUUGCAGUGAUAGCUGCCACACUUUUUCCAUUGUGGCCUGCGGAGAUGCGAGUCGGUGUUUACUACCUCAGUGUUGCAGCAGGCUGUUUCGUGGCCAGCAUCCUCCUCCUUGCAGUGGCUCGGUGCAUUCUCUUCCUCUUAAUCUGGCUCCUUACUGGCGGCCGCCACCACUUCUGGUUUUUGCCAAACCUGACAGCGGACGUUGGCUUCAUAGACUCCUUCAGGCCUCUAUACACACACGAGUAUAAAGGGCCUAAACAGGACUCCAAGAAAUCUGGCGAGGAAAAACAGCCACAACUCAGCGAAGAGGAGGCAAAGGAGGAAGAAGAAGACGACUCGGGAGCAAAGGCAGCAGUGGCAGUGGGGAGCACAGCUGCAGAAAGGGUGUCAGACACGGACAGUGACCGGAGGGAUGAUGACUGUUCCCAGCACAGCAGCGGUAAUGGGAAUGACUUUGAAAUGAUCACUAAAGAUGAACUAGAUCAGCCCACAGACGACGAGGAUGAGGAAGAGGAGGAGGAGGAGGAUGACGAGACACAGCCACUACACAGUAAGUCAUAGAACAGGGACAGUUCCAUCUCCGGCAGUCAAGCACAAGGAGCUGAUGGUGGAGACAGUUCCACAUUGUUGGGGACAUCUGGUCAAUUCUGGAUGCCACAAAUGAGAAAUUGUGAAAUUUAAAACUGCAUGAAAAGCAUAGCAUUUUAAAAUUGUCCCACUCAAAACACAAUGUUCAAAAGCCACUACAUUUUGGUGGAGUUGGAGGGAGUCAUAGAAUUUUCCUCAGUGCUUUGUUUCAAAGGCUAUGAAUUUCCCAUCACAAAUAUGACCCAUUCAGUGGUCUGAGAGAAAUUCACAAAGCUGUUUGUCCAUCCUUGCUCAGCAGAAAGAAGAAAGAGGUAAAAUCUCAGAGCCAUGGUUUGAAAUACCCACAACCCUAGCAUUAUUAUCUGCUCUCUAGGCUCAGUGGACUUAUGUUCUUCACUCAAAUAAACAGCAAAUUAACAUGUUGCCAUAAAGCUGGAAGAUGCUAUCAUUCAGGCAAUUGACAUCGGUGCAGUUCUUUGAUGUCUGGAGAAUGUGUGGGUGCCAGAUCUUCUUUGAGAGGUCUCCCAGUUUUGCCACAAGUUUGACCAGUAAGAGUGCAAAUCUGGUGCUGUCUUUGGUGGUGGGAGUUCUGUUAAGAAACAGAAAGCUGAACCAAAAUAGAAAAGUCCGUUUCUGUUUAAUAAGCUACUGAAUCUGGCAACAAACCAUUAAAUGUGUUUGUUUGCUACAUCAAGCAGUCCUUCCAUUUCAGUUAAAAUUUAACAUCUUUACUGUUUUUGUCAAUUAAUAGAAGCAGAUGUUUAUUUUUCAACUGCUGUGGAUGGAGUUGGUUAAACGUAUACAGGAACAACAUUUAAGUAUUGCCUUUAUAAUUAGGAAUAAAUAAAAUGAUGCUUGGGCUAUGCAGAAUAUGUGAUAAUUUCAGAAGUUUAGGUUGUGUAGCCAAAGAAUUUCUGUCCCUUCAAAGCAUGAGAUUAGUGAGUGGAUGUAAUUAUUCUCCAAUAUCUAAAUUUUAGCAGUGAGGAGAAGAAAGGUUAGGAAGUGCCAAUUCAACUUGGCCAUACAAAAUACUCCUAAAAAUGAUGCAGAAAUGAUUUUGAAUAGGGUCUAGGUUUCAGCUAAAGUAAUACUCAACUGGCUGUAAUUUUCACAUUGCAUGUAAUUUUUAUCAGACAACUGGAGUUGUAGGCUUUAAUGUGGUUUGGAAGGACAGGAAAAAAAUGAAACUCUUACACAGGAAAUCCUGAUCCCAUUGUGAAUCUCAUUGACCCUAUUACUCAAUACGUCCUUUUGCAAUAGAAUUUCAAACGUCUUUAUUGAUAAUUUACAUAUUGUUCCUUAAUAUCCCUUCAACUGCAACACACACGGCCAGCCAAUUAAAAAUGUUAAAAAUGUUUUAGUCAGUUUCAAGCCUUCCUAUAUCCAUUAGACCUCUGACACUUUCCUGGUGGCUGAUGUAUUGAGUUAAAUGUGGAACUUAAUUAGUCUCCAGCAUCUGUUUGUCGUGCGGUAUUGAACUGAGCUCUGACAUUUCACAGAGUAAUCUGAACAUGGACCACAUACCUUUGAAGUUACUGUUUAAUUAAUUAAACUAUAGCACAGAAAAGAAAUACUUGGUAGUGUAGGAAUUUUCUAUAUUCAUAUGCUUUUCCUAAUGAAAUGAUAAAGCAUUUUUUUUCUCUGUUAUCACGUGUCUUUCUUGGAGAAAGAUUUGCCAGCGUGCCAGUUGUUUUUCUGGUAGUGAGUAUGAACCUGCUCUCAAAUGGUUUUUUGAGUAUUCGUACAUCGUAUAGUGUAGCUCUUGGCCAGUGCUCUUUUGUGUGUAUUGCAGCAGCAAAGAGAGAGAGAGAAGAGUGAGAGAAAGGGAAGUGCUUGCUCCUUGCUCUUGUUCAAACCCAGUUAUGUCCAUAUUUGGAUUGCUAUAUAAUUUAAAGAUUUGUCUUUAUGAUUACUGGAACAUUAUUUAAACAAUAACUGUUUAGCUAUUUGAGGAAUUAAAUGUAUCCUUUAAUGCAAUUAAAAAAGUGAAACAGU